GGCGCUGUGUCGCGCGCCGCCCCCGCGGUCGGUGAUGACGUGUAGGCGCUCACGCGUCCCGGAAGUGGAGGUGAAGCUGGAAGAGUUUGGAAACAAACUGGCGAUCAGAUGAGUGAGUGUCAAUCCUCGGGCAGACAGAUUGAUCGUUGACGGCUCAGUGAUCGGCACACAGCGUGUGAGGAUGAUGAAGAUGACGAUGAAGACUCUGGUGAGUGUGAUGGUCUUCAUCCUGACGGCGUCAGAGAGCAGCGCGAGGAUCCACCAGCUCAAACUCAAGAAUGAGACACGGUUUCUGGUCCAUUUGAACUCGUUCGGUUAUUUUGCGGACGGCACUCUGGACGUCCAUCUUAUGUCUCUAAAACUGCCGCAGGAGAAGGGUGACUCCAGGAAUGUGGGCUUCAGUUUGGCCCGGUCUCGAGUGAGCGGUGUCCUGUUCUACACCGCGGAGGAGGUGGAGGAGUGCAAGCUGACCAAUAGUAAGAGUGACAGUGACCGCAUCCUCUUCAUCAUCGACACCAAGAAUCUCGGAGUCCAAGUGAAGCAUGUCGGUAAUUUUAACAUCACGCUGGAGUCCAAACUGAAGCCGAAGAAGACGGAUGGAGAGAAAGCGAGGACAAAAAGAGAAAAUGUGGAUGACAAGAAAAAAGAACCUAGUGUUGGUAAGACAACAAUACCAAAAGAAAAUUCACAAGAUAAGGCCAAAGCGACACCUGCUGUCAGCAGCACCGUUAGCCAGAAGGUGGAGAGUUUGGACGGGAUGUUGCUGGAGCUGCAGCAAGACGGUGAUUCCUACAACUUCAGCUUCCGUCUCACGAUGAGCGCAAGCUCGCAGGGCCUCUACAACCUGGACUUCCACAACUGCUUCAACGGCAAGUCGCUGAGUCCAUAUUCUCUACACGUGGAGAUCACAGAGAAGAAUCCCAACGGUUAUCUGUCAGCGGGUGAGAUUCCCCUGCCGCGCCUCUACAUCUCAAUGGCUGCCAUCUUCUUCGCCGCCGCCGUGGUGUGGACGUACACAUUGCUCAAAUACAGGUACAGCGUGUUUAAGAUCCACUGGCUGAUGGCGGCGCUGGCGUACACUAAAGCUGUGUCUCUGCUGUUUCACAGCAUCAACUAUCACUUCAUCAACUCUGAAGGUCAUCCUAUUGAAGGCUGGGCCGUCAUGUAUUACAUCACACACCUGCUGAAGGGGGCUCUUCUGUUCAUCACGCUGGCUCUCAUCGGCACCGGCUUUGCCUUCGUCAAAUACAUCCUGUCGGACAAAGAGAAGAAGAUCUUCAUGAUUGUCAUUCCUCUGCAGGUUCUGGCUAACGUGUCCUAUAUCAUCAUCGAGGAGACGGAGGAGGGCGCGAGUGAAUACACUCUCUGGAGGGAGAUCCUGUUCCUGGUGGAUCUCAUCUGCUGCGGAGCCGUCCUGUUUCCUGUCGUCUGGUCCAUCCGACACCUGCAGGAGGCUUCGAACACGGACGGCAAAGCUGCUAUGAACCUGGAGAAGUUAAAGCUCUUCAGACAUUACUAUGUGAUGAUCGUGUGUUAUAUCUACUUCACGCGGAUCAUCGCGAUACUGCUGGAGUUGACGGUGCCGUUCCAGUGGCAGUGGUGUCAGGAGUUUUUAGUGGAGGUUUCUACUCUGAUCUUCUUCGUCUUGACGGGAUUCAAGUUCCGUCCGGCAUCAAAUAACCCGUAUCUACAGCUGCCUCAGGACGAGGAGGACCUGGAGAUGGAUGAAGUUAUAACGGAAUCCGGAGUGCUGGAGGGCAUCCACAAGGUGAAGAAAACGUCUAACGGCCGAGAGAGACAGAGAGAGGUUGCAUUGUGAGUGUCAUAUCAAAGAGGGCGGAGUCUGGACUCUCAAACUCCUCCCCUUCCUGAGGUUGCUGUCACGGUACCCACAGACUCACUAUGCAAGUGAAAAAAGACGGAAUGGAAAAAACGUGAGAAUAAAGCGCAGCAGACACGACUUCCGUGAGAGAAUGAGCUGAUUUUCCCAUACAGACUCGGUGACACAGAUUGAAUUGGUUUACAGUAAUGUGUUCACCUGCUCUAUUUGUUCAUUUGUUCGCUCAUUUAUUCCUUCAUUACAAAGAUGUACAAUCGUUAUACUGCAUGUGUGACGAUAAUUUGAUUUGUUUGAUUUUAGCCUUCUUUUAUUUCCUAAUGUCUUUAUUAUUUAACCAAAGCAGUUUGAUGCUGUUUGUAUAUCAUGGUUUUUUCUGUUCAUUUUUGAUUGGACGGCUGGAAGCGAUUCUUCUCUAACCGAACCUUAAAACUAGAGUAAAUACAGCACACUGUAACGGAUAAGACAGUGCUUCCUAAAACAGGUUGGUUAUCGUGACACCGUCACAAAGAUUUAGGGAACGUUCAUCAUGUGUCUUUUUCCUCAGAUGGAUAUAUUUAAGAUUUGUAUUAAAGUUUUUCUGGUGUUGUAAAUUUCUUUAAAGCGCACUGCCGCGUUCAUGACUGUUAUGUUUCUGUUCUGUCUUGGAUGAAGCUGAGUGUUCCUGAGAGGUUCCCAAAACAACAUGCGACACACCAAUAACAAUUUUUUUUCUUUUGCUUCUUUGCUUUAUUUUGUGAUAUUUUACUCAUAGCUCCAUCUACUCUGCAAUCAUCCCUCCUUUAAUUAACAACUAUAAAUAUUGAUAUACAGAUAUAAAUGAAGGACUAACCACUGUUACACCAUGUAUUACUGCGAACCACAUCUGCAUCGCGACCUUUAAAACUAACGGUCCACAUUGAAAGCGCGGGAAGCUUCGCAGCAGUUUAGAUUUGAAAACCUCUCCAGAACGGCUCAACUCCACUUUCCCCCUCAGUGCUUUUAAACUGGCUAAUAUUUCCACAAGCUGUCAGAGAAAUAAACUUUUCCUGCUUAGUUAAUUGCUGGUUUAUCAUGCUAAUUGUGUUCAAGUUUGAAAUAAAUCAAAUGACUUCA